GUUUUUGUUUGCAUGUACAAGCACUCAAGCACAACUGAUAAAAAGUGGUUGAAAUUUUUUCAAAUUUUAAAUUAAAUUUCAAUUUUGAAAUAAUCUUACAUUAUUUUCGAACAUGUCUUCGUAAAAUAAAAGAGUUCCUCAAUCCUCACAAAGUAAACCGAAAACUGAAGAAGUUACCACAAGUAAAGCUUCAUAGAAUUUUCUAAACAAGUUCACUUUUUCUUAUCAAGUACGUCCGAUGUGGUGUUUGGGUCCAAAUACUUUUCAAGAUAUCCUUCAACAUGGCUGUGAACCAAAAACAAGAAGUAAUUCUGUUGCAUACAGAGAAUUACAAGAAUGCUUUUUAUUUACCCCUGAAAAGAAGUGAACGAAUCAAGGUACGUUAUAAUAACUCUUUUCGGCCCUGUGAUCGCUGAUCUACCUACGACUACCCUUGCUUCACAGUAUCAAAGAAUUUCAUCGUGUUUGGAGCUACCAGUGGAGGUCUAUAUGCAUUCAAAAGGAAUCCUUAUAGCUUUUGGCAGCUGAUCCCUAGCAAAGAAAGCGCUGUGACUCAUGUAUCUAUUUCAUCUUCUGAGAAUUUUAUUGCAUUCUCGACCAACAAAGGCAUCCUGUGUAUUUUGGAACUGAACAAGAUCAAUUGCGGUAAACUAGUUACUUAUACGAUCGGAUGAUCUGAGUGAUUCGGAGAUUUCAACUUUAUGUUGGACAGAUGAUAACAACAAACCUACUCUUUAUGUGGGUGACAGUACCGGGCGAGUUUCGUUCUUGAAACUAUCUUUUUUGAGUAAAAACAUUCUUCACCAGCCUACCACUAUAUUCAUGACUCUGGAUUCAAAAAUUAUACAGUUAUGUUGGCGUAACGAUUUCCUUCUCGUUUCUACGUUAUCGAGAUGUUAUUUAUGUGAUGCAGUCAAAGAGCAAUUUAAACAGAUUGGUCAUCAAUUACGUGAUGGUUUAUACGACGCAUGUUUCAUGAAAAAUGCCAACAAUAUUAGAAUUUUCUGCGCUCGACUAGGAUCUAGAUUACGGGAAGUAAAUCUCGAUGCUGUGGUCCAUAGCACUCAUCUGUUCAAACAGCAGUUAGCCAUACCUCCAUCUUCGUUCAUCUGAUUUGACAUUAGCAUCUUAUGAAAUACUUCAAGAUAGCUUUGCCGAGUUAGGAGCCAGUUUUUCGGAAAAAUUCACCGAAAGCUCCAAAUACCUGAAGGAGAAAUGGCAUCGAAUCGUGGUGCGCCUCGUUCUGGUUCCUACUUCCUCAGCAAACAUGCAAAGUGAAAUUCCUUCCAUUAGGACAUCUGUUAAUGGCUCAUAUUUGGAGUACUUUUGAGAAUCAAUAUCUAAGCGUGACUCAUUCCAGCGUGACGAAAGAAUUAUCUUAUGAAUCGUUGUUAUUUUUCGAAAGAUUGGUCAACGAAAGAGAAUACGAACCGUUAUCCAAUAUAUGCUACAAAAAUUCAGAGUCAGACAAAUGUGUUCACGCUGUUUGUGAAAACUUGAAAACAUACGUCCAAGAUAUUCCUGCGAAUAAUCUUCUUUCUUUGUUAUUAUUAUUCCAUCUUAUAUGUAGCCUAUGCCAUCGUAUCCCUGAAUUAUGGAAAUAUCUACCGUCCUUGCAAAGAGAUAGUAAAUUGAAGCUGUUCCACGCGCAGCAUUUCUUGCAAUUAGGAAUGAUUGAAGAGAUCGAGUCGUAUUUCGAGAUACUUACGGUCGAAGACGCGCAGAAAAUAUUGACGAUGAAUGCUAGCCUCGGUGAUGGUAUUUGUCUAAAUUGCGGUAGUAAAACGCCUAGCUGUGGGAUCCUAUCGUGGAAUAAAUUAGCUGUAUUUAUACUGAAACGAAUAAAUGUCAGGAACACUCUGAAAAUAUUCAAUUAGAUAAAAGUUUCUAUCGAUCAGCGAUUUUAACGUCUGUACCUGGCAUUGGUAGCGAAUUAAGGGACCAAGUUCUGGCUUCUGUUGGCGAUCAUUUUGAUAUGAAUCGCGUUUCAUUGGAUGUCCAUGAACAGCUCAGCGAAGCUUUGAUAAAGAAUAAAUCGGAGAAAGUACUGAAAAUCAGACCAUCGAAUGCCAACCAUUGGGGAAUUUCUAUAAACGUUGAUGAUAUCAAUCAAGUGAUUUGUUACUGCUGUUCAUUACCAUUCUUCUUGCUAUCACUUAUCAAAGAAGAUAACGGUGGCAUCAUGGUGUUCUCGUGUAAUCACACAAAUCAUACCGUAUGUUUGAAAAACAAAGAUUGCACUGCCAUAUGUUCAGUUUGUGAUAGAUUUUUACGCUAGACUAUUUACUUAUAAUGAAGACAUGAUCGGUGUAUCAAUAUGUAAUAAUUCGAAUGUCAUUCCACUAGUCAUCAUAUGUACAAGCUAUGUACAUAAAUAAUAAAAAGUAAUCGGUACUUAUGAUAGGUUCAUAAUAUAUUAUCUUAAUGUUAUGUGUGUACUUCAUAUGUUGAAUAUUUUCGUUGGUUAUUUUACAUAAUUUUGUGUUGUUUUCUUUUUUUACCCUUUACCCAUCCUCUUAAAAACAAGUUACCUAUCUCCUCUUUCUGUAUAUUUUAUUUUUCUAUUAUUUCUAUCACCUUUUAACGCUUCAUUUUCGGCGCAUUUAUCAUUACGAAUUCGUGGUAUAUGAUGCUUCCAAUAAUUUAUUAUUUUUUAUUUUCAUUUAUUUCAAUUUUCUAUAUAAUUUCAUUUUUUGUAACUAGUCAACUGGGUCUCUCGUAUGAGCUCAAACCACCUUCUGCUGUGCCUUCGUGAUAACAAAAUUUUGAUUUUUGUUUGUAAUUCGUCUAAUCGUUUAUUUUGUACUGUUCAUUCAUUCUCAUCCGGUAAGAUUUUUGGGCUUACGUAACACGGUGCGAUUUCACCUAAAAAUUAUUCAUGGUGAUUGUUUAUUAUGUGGAAAAAUUGUUUUUAAAAUUCAAACGCAUAGGCAUAUUGAUCAUGAUGGAAACUGUUUGUGAGAGAGCUUGUUUGUUCAAGUGCUGCAAUAAUGUUCGUAGCUCGUACAUGAGUCGUCGGAGUAUGAUAUCCUGGGUAGGGUUAAAAGGGGUACAAAGGGGAAUCUGGAGGUAAAAAAUUGAACUUUCGAAUCACUGGAAAAAGCAUGUAGUGAACAUGUUGUGAUGUUGAGAGUAUUUUCAGUAUUAUUAUUUAUUACCUAUUAUAAUUAUCAAAUAAUAUAAUAUUUUGUCGUUUCUCUUCUUGUUGGUUUGUUGUUUAUUUUACUUUUUUUUAUACUUAGAAGAAUUUUUCUGUGUUAUAUUAACUUCAGGUGAAACCUAGUGAUACAUAACAUACGUAUUGUAUGUAUGUAAUUAAGUGACAAAAGCAAAUAAUUAACGCAGAUGUUUUUGUUUGUUUUAAAAUGGUAAAUUAUUAAUGGGAUAUGUAUCUGAUUUUAGUUUGAAAUUUAUUUCGUUAAGUUUCAUUUGAUCAACUGAUUCAAAAUGUGCAAGUUUAUUGUUUUUGUGGUUUGCGUUUUAUGUUACUGGAACCAGGUUCCUGGGUUAACUCGCAGAUCACCAGAGCCAUGGAGGCAGUUGCCGAAUUUUGAUACGAGCCAAAUGAGUCAACAUCAACAUUAUAAGAGCAUUCCAUUUGGUACAGGUCAGGAAAAAAUUAAUACCAUGAAAAACAACAUCCUCAGCAAAACACAAACACCAAAGUUCUCUCGAUUGAAUCCUUUCAACUACUUCUCCCAACCACAGAUGCCACAAAUGCAAAUGCCUCAGAUGCCAAAGAUUCCACAAUCCUCCAAUGGCGAACCUGUGGUUAAAGUAUACAGCUCUUCUGUAUCAGAAAGUACCCAAUCUUCUUCUAAAAAUGGCGGUCCUCCAGAAGUAUCGCAUCAAGCUGCUGGUUAUAAAUACGACUACGAUUCAACCAAAGACAAUCCUGUUCAAUCAGAUUUAGUCGCCAUGAAAGGAUACACUCCAGAUGCAAGUGACCCGGAUGCAGGAACUUAUGUCGCAUAUGAAAAUUCCUAUCCAUGAAACGAUGAAUUAAUUGUAAAAAUGUCAGAUUUACCACAUUAAUGGUUUACAAAUUAAACGAACUUGAAAUUUA